GAUCGUCCAUGACGGUGGUCGGCCUGCUAGCAGCUGUUUCUGAUUAUCAGCAAGUCUGUAAUCUGUCAUCCAUUGACACUGAGAGGACAAGGACUCAUCUAAAGAAGACUGAAUUGAUUGGUUUAUUUUACACUAGACGUAUCUGAAGAUUCAUUCUGGGGUGAAACACCAGAGGUGAGCAUCUAUAAAGACAUUCAUCUUUCCGUUCUCAAACCCAGAGACUGCGGACGGCUAGAAACUACCACAGCGAGUCAUCCAUCAAUUCCAGCUUUAUCUUUGAAGGAGACGGCUUACAUUUUGUCAACCGGCGUAAUAAAGAGUCCAUUUUCACCAUCAGUCUGUGGAAUAUACUGAUGACAAGUGAACAAGAAGCAAUCUGUCUGCAAACAGCCUUGUGUCCACAACUCGACCCUGUCAGGAAGAUACAACAGGAAGAAAAAGAGCUGCAGUUCAAUCACCUUAUUCCCACUGAGGUGUCAACAUACCUUCUUCAGCUCUUCAGCAUCCCUGCCAAGAAGACAGCAUCAACAGUCUGACUCCAUUCUAGAUCGUUCCAUCUGAAACACUCACAAAAAUCACAGAACAUAUGAACAGAACCAUAUAUCAACGUGAAGCUUCGGCUGAAGUUUGAAGGCCUCUGAGGCCCGCCAAGUAGUUCUGGCAACUAAUCACACAUCCUAAAAGCAGAAGAGACAGGAAGUGUUCUCAGGUAAAGAGGCAGAGCCAUCAAGAAUCUGUCAAGAUUCAUCACUAAACUGCCAACUGUUUACCCAUCAGUUGAUAGAGAGACAAACACACCUGUCGGAUCUUUAACAGACACCUGUUGGUCCACAACUACUAAAGGUUCUUCUGACUAAUCAUGGCUGACUGGAGUCUACUUGGGAACUUUCUAGAAGAAGUCCAGGAACAUUCCACCUCGGUGGGAAAGGUGUGGCUCACCAUUCUUUUCAUCUUCCGGAUCCUGGUCCUGGGCACGGCCGCCGAGUCCUCGUGGGGCGACGAGCAGGAAGACUUCACCUGCGACACUGAGCAGCCCGGUUGUGAGAACGUUUGUUACGAUCGAGCCUUUCCCAUCGCGCAUAUCCGCUUCUGGGUGCUCCAGAUUGUAUUUGUGUCCACACCUUCUCUCAUCUACAUGGGACACGCAAUGCACAGUGUCCGCAGAGAGGAGAAGAGGAGGAAAAAGCAGGAAGAAGAAGGAGCGCAAAGAGACAGCGAUGGAGAGAAGUACCCAGAGGAAGACAAGAACUGUGGGAAGGAGGACGAAGGUGGAGGUGGGAAGGUGCAAUUGAAGGGGGCUUUGCUACGAACAUACGUACUAAGCAUCCUCAUCCGCUCUGUAAUGGAAGUGAUCUUCAUCAUAGUCCAGUACAUGAUCUAUGGAGUCUUCCUUAAUGUGCUCUACGUAUGUAAGGCCUCACCGUGUCCGCAUCCGGUCAACUGCUACAUCUCGAGACCUACGGAGAAGAACGUAUUUAUUGUGUUUAUGCUGGCGGUAGCGGCUGUAUCGCUGUUGCUAAGUGUCGCAGAACUGUAUCAUUUGGCGUGGAAGCAGUUUAAGGGUUGUUUGCAAGGAUAUAAGGCUUCCAAACAGCGACCGAAUACACCAUCCACCGUGGCUGCAGUCUCACCAAACAGAGCUUGCACUCCACCUCCCGACUUCAACCAGUGCCUGACAUCUCCACCAUCUUCCCCUACCAUACAGACACACGCAGACCCGCUUUUACACCCAACCUGCCCGCCUUUUCACGACCGGCUGGCGCACCAGCAAAACUCGGUGAACAUGGUCACUGAACGCCAUCGAGGUCAAGACUACCUAGGGGUCAACUUCUUCAGCUUCUCACAUACACUUACAGAGACGCCCAACUCAUGCGCCUCGCCUUCGUUUCUAAACAGUGAUUUUGUUGAGGACAAGCGAAGGUUUAGCAAGAGCAGCGGGACCAGCAGCCGCAUGAGACCGGACGACCUUGCAGUAUAGCACUGACCACUCGCAUAUGGAAAAGGGUCAUCUAGUGUGACUAGUCAUAAAUCUGCGACAUGAUUUUGCACUUGACCUAACAUAU